AUGCAGGCGGCUCUGUUGGCGGCAUAUGGACGAAGCUGUGAAUCUUCCCCAGGUUGGGCCAUGAAUAAACAACCCAGCAAGGAGAGUCUUAAGGGCAAGGUGGAGGAGAUCUUUGGGCUGGGACACCCGCAGCCACCGAGCAAACAGAGUGAAACCAGACCAUCCGAGUUCAUCAUUACGACUGACAUCAUCAAGGAGCACAACUGGACUGCGGCACCUAAGCUGAUGUUGAUGGGCCAGGCAGAACCCUACACACUAGGCAGGUACUGUAUCUCAGGUACUGUAUCUCAGGCGGGGCAGGCCAAACACGGGCCCCAGCGAAGGCGUGCAGUGAGCGGGGCUGCAGCUGCGGUCGGUAUCAUCCCUCUGGUGGAAAACAACAGGCCGUCGGGUAGCGGAGCGGGCCCGAACAAGGCUCCAGCAGCGACCCUGGCGCAGACGGCAUCCCUGGCUCAUCAUGGCGCUCCGGUCGUCUCUCAUGGUGCAGGUGUAUUCAAAAAUCCUCUGGUUAGGAUUAGGUCAAAAGACCAUCUGGUUAGGUUUAGGUCAAGAGACCGUCUGGUUAAGAUUAGGUCAAAAGACCAUCUGGUUAAGAUUAGGUCAAAAGACCGUCUGGUUAAGAUUAGGUCAAAAGACCAUCUGGUUAGGUUUAGGUCAAGAGACCGUCUGGUUAAGAUUAGGUCAAAAGACCAUCUGGUUAAGAUUAGGUCAAAAGACCGUCUGGUUAAGAUUAGGUCAAAAGACCAUCUGGUUAGGUUUAGGUCAAGAGACCGUCUGGUUAAGAUUAGGUCAAAAGACCAUCUGGUUAAGAUUAGGUCAAAAGACCGUCUGGUUAAGAUUAGGUCAAAAGACCAUCUGGUUAGGUUUAGGUCAAGAGACCGUCUGGUUAAGAUUAGGUCAAAAGACCAUCUGGUUAAGAUUAGGUCAAAAGACCGUCUGGUUAAGAUUAGGUCAAAAGACCAUCUGGUUAGGUUUAGGUCAAGAGACCGUCUGGUUAAGAUUAGGUCAAAAGACCAUCUGGUUAAGAUUAGGUCAAAAGACCGUCUGGUUAAGAUUAGGUCAAAAGACCAUCUGGUUAGGUUUAGGUCAAGAGACCGUCUGGUUAAGAUUAGGUCAAAAGACCAUCUGGUUAAGAUUAGGUCAAAAGACCGUCUGGUUAAGAUUAGGUCAAAAGACCAUCUGGUUAGGUUUAGGUCAAGAGACCGUCUGGUUAAGAUUAGGUCAAAAGACCAUCUGGUUAAGAUUAGGUCAAAAGACCGUCUGGUUAAGAUUAGGUCAAAAGACCAUCUGGUUAGGUUUAGGUCAAGAGACCGUCUGGUUAAGAUUAGGUCAAAAGACCAUCUGGUUAAGAUUAGGUCAAAAGACCGUCUGGUUAAGAUUAGGUCAAAAGACCAUCUGGUUAGGUUUAGGUCAAGAGACCGUCUAGUUAAGACUGGGUCAAAAGACCUUCUAAUAAAUGCUGGGUCAAAAGAUCAUCAGUGAAGGUAAAGUCUAAAAGACUGUUAUAAUAGAAAUUGGUUUGUGCCUGUGAAAAGAACGCUGCCAAAAGCCCUUACCUCGCUCGGCUGGGAAAUCACUGGACCAUCACAUCAUAUAUUGUAACUUAUUAAGUUCUCUAUACAAAAUAUAUAACAACAGAAAUUGUCCUGGAAAACCAAGUUCAGUCCUGUAUGCCAACAGAGUACAU